CGCCGGCGCCUGCGCAAUCGCCUCCGAGCGCCCGAACCGGGAUGGCGGCCGUUUUGGAGUCGCUGCUGAGAGAGGAGCUGUCGGUCGCAGCCGCCGUGCGGUGGAUCGCGCACAGCGCCCAGAGUUCGGAGGAUGACCCCGGGGAGGCGGCCGCGCUGAGCUCACUUCGGCCACUACGGAAGGAAUUCGUUCCAUUCCUGCUGAACUUCCUGAGGGAGCAGAGCAGCCGCGUCCUCCCGCAGGGCCCCCCAACCCCCGCCAAGGCCCCUGGCUCCUCCGCAGCCUUGCCAGGGAGGCCGGGGGGCCCGCCGCGGGGGGGCCGCGGAGCGCGCAGCCAGCUCUUCCCUCCGACAGAGCCUUCGAGCGCUGCCGCAGCUGAGGCCCCUUCGGCCCGCCGUGGGGGCAGGAGGCGGGGCCCGGGGCCGGCCCGCGAGCGUGGAGGCGGGCCCCGGGGCCUGGAGGAGGGAGUCAGCGGGGAGAGCUUACCCUGGGCCGGAGGCCGAAGGCCCAAGAGCUCCGGCAGCCCCAGCAGCCCUAGCCUCGCGCGCUCUGACCCGCCAAACCUCAGCAACCUGGAGGAGUUCCCUCCCGUAGGCUCGGUUCCUCCGGGCUCUGCAGGGACCAAGCCUUCACGCAGGAUCAACCCAACUCCGGUGAGCGAAGAGCGGUCACUCUCCAAGCCCAAGACUUGCUUCACCUCACCCCCAAUCAACUGUGUCCCCAGUUCCCAACCCUCAGUCCUGGACACUAGCCCUUGGGGCCAUGGCCUCCCCUCAGGGUGCAGAAGUCUCCAAGAGGAGCGGGAGAUGCUCAGGAAGGAGCGUUCUAAGCAGCUGCAGCAGUCAUCUGCUCCUGCCUGUCCAACCCCAGAAUCAGGGUGCCCUCACCCCAUGCGGACAGGAAACCUCACAGCUGAACCUGCUGACCCUGCCAGAGUGUCUUACCGCCGGCGCCUGGAGCUAGUAGCCCUUGUCUACUCUUCAUGCAUUGCAGAGAACCUGGUACCAAACCUCUUCUUAGAGCUUUUCUUCGUCCUUCAACUUCUUACUGCCCGGAGAAUGGUGGUUGCCAAGGAUAGUGACCUUGAACCAAGUCCAGGACCCAUAGAUUCCCUGGAAAGCCCGCUGUUCCAGAGUGUCCAUGAUUGUGUCUUCUUUGCUGUGCAGGUUUUGGAGCAUCAGUUUCACAUUCUUUCCCACCUGGACAAAGGGACCCUGAAGCUGUUGGCUGAGAAUGAGCGGCUAUUAUGCUUCUCACCAGUUCUGCAAGGCCGCCUCCGAGCUGCCUAUGAGGGCAGCGUUGCCAAGGUCUCUCUGGCGAUGCCUCCGUCUGCUCAAGCUGUCUCCUUUCAGCCAGAAACUGACAAUCGUGCCAACUUUUCCAGUGACCGAGCCUUUCAUACUUUUAAAAAACAGAGGGAUGUAUUUUAUGAGGUGCUUCGAGAGUGGGAAGACCGCCACGAGGAGCCCGGCUGGGAUUUUGAGAAGGGCUUGGGCAGCAGGAUCAGAGCCAUGAUGAGUCAACUCUCUGCAGCCUGCAGCCACAGCCAUUUUGUUCGACUUUUCCAAAAACAACUUCUCCAGAUGUGUCAGAGUCCUGGUGGUGCUGGGGGCACCGUCUUGGGUGAGACUCCGGAUGUGUUAAAUAUGCUUGGAGCUGACAAGCUAGGGCGGCUGAGGCGCCUACAGGAACGGCUUGUGGCCCCUCAGAGCAGCGGGGGUCCCUGCCCACCCCCCACUUUCCCAGGCUGUCAGGGCUUCUUCAGAGACUUCAUCUUAAGUGCCAGCAGCUUCCAGUUUAACCAGCAUCUCAUGGAUAGUCUUAGUUUGAAGAUCCGGGAGCUCAACAGCCUUGCCCUGCCUCAGCCUGAGCCUAGUGAUGAAGACGGAGAGUCAGACGUGGACUGGCAGGGUGAACGGAGGCAAUUUGCUGUGGUGCUGCUCAGCCUGAGGCUUCUGGCUAAAUUUCUUGGCUUUGUGGCUUUUCUGCCAUACCGGGGGCCCGAACCACCCCCGACCCGUGAGCUCCAGGACUCCAUUCUGGCCCUGAGGAGCCAGGUGCCCCCAGCCCUAGAUGUGCGGGCUCUGCUGCAACAGGGGCUACGGGCCCGCCGAGCAGUGCUCACGGUGCCCUGGCUGGUGGAGUUCCUUUCCCUCGCAGACCACAUUGUCCCCAUGCUGGACUAUUACCGCAGCAUCUUCACCCUCCUGCUGCACCUGCAUCGGAGCUUGGUCUUGUCAAAAGAAAGUGAAGGGGAGAUGUGUUUUCUGAACAAGCUGUUGCUGCUGGCUGUCCUGGGCUGGCUUUUCCAGAUUCCCACAGUCCCUGAGGACCUGUUCUUUCUGGGAGAUGGUCAGUUGGAUGCCUUUGAGGUGAACACAGUAGUUUCAGAGCAUGGCUUGGACAGCAUGCCUGUCGUGGACCAGCACCUGCUCUACACCUGCUGCCCCUAUAUUGGAGAGCUCCGCAAACUGCUGGCUUCAUGGGUAUCAGGCAGCAGUGGGCGGAGUGGGGGCUUCGUGAGGAAAAUCACCCCCACCACCACCACUGGGCUGGGGGCCCAGCCUCCCCGGACCACCCAGGGGCUGCAGGCACAGCUGGCCCAAGCCUUCUUCCACAACCAGCCGCCAUCCCUGCGCAGGACUGUGGAGUUUGUGGCAGAGAGAAUUGGCUCUAACUGUGUCAAGCAUAUCAAGGCCACACUGGUAGCAGAUCUGGUGCGCCAGGCAGAGUCGCUUCUUCAGGAGCAGCUGGUGACGCAGGGACGAGAAGGGGGAGACCCAGCCCAGCUGUUGGAGAUCUUGUGUUCCCAGCUGUGCCCCCACGGGGCCCAGGCAUUGACCCUGGGGCGGGAGUUCUGCCAAAAGAAGAGCCCAGGUGCCGUGCAGGCAUUGCUCCCUGAGGAGACCCCGGCAGCCGUUCUGAGCAGUGCAGAGAAUAUUGCCGUGGGGCUUGCAACAGAGAAAGCCUGUGCUUGGCUGUCAGCCAACAUCACAGCACUGAUCAGGAGGGAGGUGAAGGCAGCUGUGAGUCGCACACUUCGAGCCCAGGGUCCUGAGUCGGCCACCCGGGGGGAGCGGAGGGGCUGCUCCCGUGCCUGUGAGCACCAUGCUCCCCUCCCCUCCCACCUCAUCUCCGAGAUAAAAGAUGUGCUCUCUCUGGCCGUGGGGCCCCGGGACCCUGAGGAGGGAGUUUCCCCAGAGCAUCUGGAGCGGCUCCUAGGCCAGCUGGGCGAGACGCUGCAGUGCCGCCAGUUCCUGUGCCCACCUGCUGAGCAGCAUCUGGCAAAGUGCUCUGUGGAGUUAGCGUCCCUCCUUGUUGCAGAUCAAAUUCCUGUCCUGGGCCCCCCGGCACAACACCGGCUAGAGAGAGGGCAGGCUCGAAGGCUCCUGCUCAUGCUGCUUUCCCUGUGGAAGGAUGACUUCCAGGUGCCAGUUCCGCUGCAGCUGCUGCUGAGCCCAAGAAAUGUGGGCCUUCUGGCAGACACUCGGCCGAGGGAGUGGGACCUGCUGCUGUUCUUGCUCCGGGAGCUGGUGGAGAAGGGUCUCAUGGGACGGAUGGAGAUAGAGGCCUGCCUGGGCGGCCUCCAUGAGGCCCAGUGGCCGGGGGAUUUUGUUGAAGAAUUAGCAACACUCUUCAACCUGUUUCCAGCUGAGCCUCAAGUGCCAGAGCCCCAGCUGAGAGCUUGUGAGUUGGUGCAGCCAAACCGGGGGACUCUGCUGGCCCAGAGCUAGGGCUGGGAAGUAGCCCUACCUUGGGCAUCUCACCAGAGCGCUGGAACCCAGCCUGACUGUGCCUCAAGACAAGGCCCCAGAGCCACUCCAAGUGCCCACUGUGACCCUUGCUGGUGUGGGAGUAGCUAAGUCUGUUGUCAGGCUUCCUGUUUCCACGUGAAGGGAGAGGGUGGCUGCCUGGCAUCCCGCUGACUGCAGGCUUGCCAUCCCAAGUCCCAGAGGAAGGAGGGGUCACCUGAUUCAGGAUUAUAGUGGAAAAGCCUAGAGACUCCAGCCCUGGAGCAGAAGAGUUGGCAUUUACAACUUGGAUACUAAAUGAAAUGAUGUGGGGAGGCUCCUGUGAGCACCACUUGCUGCUAUCCUAGCACCUCUUAGAGCUCUGUGAUUUGGGAAAUCAUGACAGAGGCAAGUGACUUGAAUGAUUAAGUUCAAACAUGAAUCUUGGGAGUCGGAGUCUGUUUUACCACCAGGAGCUGGACUGCCAUCUCCUUAAAAAUGUACAACAGAUAAGGUGGGGCUCGCCUGGCGGAAACCCACCUUUUACCCUGCACGCCGCCUGCCUUCAGCCCCGUGCAGGUAGUCACUCUUGACUCUAGCUCCAUCCAGGGGCCAAGCACAGGCAGAACAUUAGUGCUUUUUAAAAUAAACUGUUUUCUGUA